CAGGGGUGUGCAGUAUUGCAGAAGUACGGCAGGGCAGGGCGGGCCGCUACUAUAGUACGAGAUGCAGCACACAGCCAGAGAUGCAGGGGUGUGCAGUAUUGCAGAAGUACGGCAGGGCAGGGCGGGCCGCUACUAUAGUACGAGAUGCAGCACACAGCCAGAGAUGCAGGAGUGUGCAGUAUUGCAGAAGUACGGCAGGGCAAGGCGGGCCGCUACUAUAGUACUAGAUGCAGCACACAGCCAGAGAUGUAGGAGUGUGCAGUAUUGCAGAAGUACGGCAGGGCAGGGCGGGGCACGUGGCGGGCACACGACGGCCGGCGGUCGCUGGGACUUUCACCUUCACCUGCUCCAGUCCGCAGUUGCUGCUGGCCACAGAUAA